AUGGCCUCCCUCUUCGAGCCAUCAGAAAACUCGCAGGCCAAGCUGGAGGUUGUGCCAAAUCCGGUGUUCAGUGAUCCAUGCCUGAUGCCCGUGACCAUCAAGCAAAUCCAUGACGCGAUGGCCAAGGCAGGUGGCGAGCGCAUUGUUAUCAACCAUACUGCUAUUACAAACGUCCGUAUACUUGGAAGGAUAGUUGGAAAAGAGUUGUCAGGUGGCAAAGGCAAUUUUGACAUCGAAGAUGGCACCGGACUCAUAAAUGGAAUUUAUUGGGUGGACGACUUUGUCAACAUAGACGAAUUUACCGAAGUUCAACCUGGAGAUUAUGCAUGCGUUGUGGGUAGAAUCAUAUAUAAUUCCAACCAGCCUGUUGUUUCUGCUUAUUCGGUCAGGAAGAUUACGAAUUUCGACAGAAUUACUCAUCACUUCCUUGAUUGCAUACAUUCGUUCUUGCAGUUGGAAAAGCUAAUAGCAUACAUUUUUCGUUUUAGUGGCACAUUAGAAGGUGUUUGCAUCAAAGUCAUUUGCCAAGUCACAAAUACCGAUGAGGCAACCGCUAAAGCCUUACUCAACGACCUGGCUAGUAUCGGCGAAAUUUACAACACGACUGAUGAGAACCGUUACAAGGCAACUUGA